UUCCAUCAAUGUAAUUAUAGCAUCUUUUGGUAUGGUUGCUCGAUUUGUUUCACGAUCAUCUUUCUUUUUGGGAUCUGAACGUUAAAGUGUUCGCUGCGAUGAUUCUUGGUUCUUUCCAAUUACUUCACUCGGUGGUUGGUGUCAUCAUGUUAUCGUCUUGCUGUUUGUCGAUCUGUCGAGGUCGAGAUGAUGGUAUUAAAAUGGAUGCUGCUGAGCUAUAAGUUUGGUUAGGGUCAGGUCAGCAAGGGAUUUCGAUUGGAGAUGUUCUGUUUGUUGCAGGAGGAUUUGAUGUGUUCUUAUGUCUCAAACAAUAGAAUUCUACGAUUCUAUUGUUUGUGCAACUCAUAGUGGUACAACUGACCGUCUUGAAUAUUAGCAUGGUGCGCAUAGGAUGUACAAAUUUGAGUUCGAUAUCAUUAGUUGAUAGCAAAGGUCUAGGUGGUUAUUGUUGAAGAACUCCAACUUUUAGUGAUUACUUAUGGACAUAGGAUAAAUGAGGUCAGAUGAAUGGCUUUAAGCCAUUAUUUAUUUUUUUACCAAUUGCAUUUAUCAAAUCAUAAUGUUUUCUAUGUUGGUAUGGUUUUUGUUUGGAAACCCACUUCUUCCCUGCAUUACCAAAGGUGUGAAGAAUGGCUUUUGCAAAUAGAAUUGGAAAUCUCUUGAAGAAUUCUGUAACUUUAAGUCCAUCGUUAAAUCAAGCAAUACGGUGCAUGUCAUCCUCGAAGGUUUUUGUUGGAGGACUUUCAUAUGGCACAGAUGAUUACAGUUUAAGAGAAGCAUUUACUAAUUAUGGUGAAGUUGUAGAAGCUAGAGUUAUCAUGGACAGGGAGACGGGAAGGUCUAGAGGAUUUGGGUUUGUGACUUUUACGUCUAGUGAAGAAGCCUCUGCUGCCAUUAGUGGCAUGGAUGGAAAGGAUCUUCAUGGCCGGAUAGUAAGGGUUAACUACGCCAUGGAACGAUCGGGUGGAUUUCGUGGUGGCUAUGGUGGAGGGGGCUUUGGCAGUGGUGGUGGAUAUGGCGGUGGUGGAGGCAGUUACGGAAGCAGUGGUCAUGGUCGUGGAGGAGGUUAUGGAAGUGGCGGUAAUGGUGCAAGUAAUUAUGGUGGAGAAAGUUACAAUACUGGACCUCGUGGUGGCGGUGGUGGCUUUGGUGGUAGUAGCUAUGGAGGAUAUGAUGGUAUGAGCACCGUGGGUAGUAAUUAUGGUGUUGCCGGGGGUGAUGACGGCCAUGACAGUUCCAUCGGCAGGGCUGAUGGUACUUAUGGUGGUGGUACUGGUAAUUACAUGGGAAACAACAGAGUAUACCAUUGUAGCGAGAGCGGCAACAACGACAGUGCUGCUACAGUCAGUGGCAACAAUGCCAAAUAUGACGAUGAUACUGGUGCUUAUGAUGGCAGUGGAUCAACCAAGGAUGGCAAUGACGAUCAGGAUUUGUUUGAAGAUGAUAUUAAAGAUGAUGAUGAUGAGCCUGAUGACUAUGCCAAUAAGCGAAGCCAAUGACCAAACAAGCAUGUGUAUCUUGCCUGAUGUUCCAGUGAUUUGGAGGUGUGCAUUAGAAUAUAAACAUGUGAAGUUUGAUUUUGGUAUAGAACGUAAAGAACAUUUUUUUUAUUACUGUUAUAGUUACUUUGAUGCUUCUACUUUGUCACCUGUGAAGUUUUGUUUUAUAUUUAUCGAUUAACGUAUUGUGAAGUGAUCCUACUCA